CCAGACACCCAGCCCAUGGCAUUCCCUGCCCGGGCAGGACACUUGGCUUCCCGUGUCAUUCCUUGGGUGCUGGCACAGGUGGAUCGUGGGUAUGGAGCAAAGCCAAGAGACUGGGGCAGAGGCAGAGAACUUCCCAGAGCCAGGCGUUGAUGCAAGGCCUCGCGGGAGGCUGCGAGAUAACCCUGGAGCAAAGAGAACCUCAGGGUGAGCAGAGCAGCAUGGCAGGGCUGCACCUCCACACCGUGCUGGUCACCGGGGCCAACCGUGGAAUCGGUCUGGGGCUCAUCCAGAAGCUCCUGGAGCUGCCAAACCCACCCCAGUGGGUGUUUGCGGGGUGUCGGGACCCCAAUGGGCAGCGAGCACGGGAGUUACAGAGUUUGGCCUCCAAGCACCCCAACCUGGUCAUCAUUGCACUGGAAGUCUCUGAUCCCACCAGCAUCAAGGCAGCAGCAGCCAGAGUUGGGGAGAAGCUGGGGGGGUUGGGGCUGAACCUCCUCAUCAACAACGCUGCAAUAGCAAAGCCCAUCUUAAUUGGUGCUGAGACCCUGGAGAGCAUGAGUGAGGUUUACACCACCAACACCAUUGGGCCGCUGCUGCUGAGCCAGGCGUUCCUGCCCUUGCUGAAGAAGGCUGCCCAGGGGAGCCCAGGCUCAGCCCUGAGCUGCAGCAAGGCCGCCAUCAUCAACAUCUCCAGCAACGGGGGCUCCAUCGCUUCUCCCGCCGGUUGGGAGCUGAUGCAUUUUCUCUCGUACCGCUGCAGCAAGGCUGCUCUGAACAUGCUGACCAAGUGCCAGUCCCUGGCGUACCGAGAGCACGGGGUCCUCUGCGUCGCUCUGCACCCCGGCUGGGUGCAAACUGACAUGGGGGGCUCAGGACCAGAAAAGCCCCCCUUGACGGUGGACGACGACGUGCGAGGGAUGCUGAAGGUGCUCUCCUCCCUCUCCGAGAAGGACACGGGCACCUUCCUGGACUGGGAAGGGAAGGUCGUGCUCUGGUGACACUCUGGGACAGGAUCCUGGCAGCAGGGCCUCUGCUGCUGCUCUCACUGGCCCCAGCCUCAAUAAAGCUCUGCCCAAGA